GUGACCAGGACACUUGACAGUUCAUGGGCCAGCACUGAAAAGGACAUGCCUCCUCUGCCCAGGACGUCUUCAGCCUGUGAAGCACAUGAGACAGAUGGCACUGGCUGCCAGUCAUGUGCCACUCUGAGGGCAUUGCAAGGGCACUCUACAUUAGUGCCAGCACCCCUGAGCUGCUCCGCUUUCUGUCACUCACCCAUCCACACACCUGUGGCAGCGAUGGCACUAACUGGUCAAGCUGAAGACAGUAAGCCAGUGUGCCACGGCCGAGCCCCUGUCCUCCAGAAGCCCCUCACAGAGGUCAGCGGCCUGCUGACACAAGUCAUCUCAUUGGCGGCUCCAGCGGGCAGCCGGAACUCAGCUGCUGCUUUCACUUCCCCCAGAAGAUGAAUUAAAAACACAGAGGGCUGCUGGUGUUCUUCAGAGGUGACCACACAGCUACGAUGGAGUCAGCAGAUUGCACAUUCUACACCGAGAUGGACACGGACGCGCUUGAAUCCAAAGGGCCGCCAUCACAGAGGACGACAGGUGCGCCGCUCAAACUGCGCUGCCCAGUGCGGCCACUUUACGUCGUUGGGGGCGGCAGUGCCAUUCUGUGGAUUGUCGUUUUGUGUCUUCACGUCACCAAAUCUUCAGAAAUGGCGGCAGAAAGUCAGCUUCUGAGGGCCGAGCAGGCGAAGGUCCAAGAGAGCUGCAACUCCUCGACGAUCGAGUCCAUGGAGGCCGAAAUUGAAGAGACACAAAACAAAGUUUCUGAAGUUUCCUCACAAAUGGAGAAUCUGCAGAGCACAGGUGAGACAGAAGACAUGAAGUGGACCGAGGCGUCCAUUAGCGGCUCAGCCUGUUACUGUCACCCGUGGUGUGAGGAGAGGCGCCCACGUGGGACUGGCCGUCACGGGUUUCAUCUCCAUGUCCUCCUCACACUCCUCUCUGUCCUUGCAGUUGCUGAAAUGUCUUCUCAGCUCCAGAACGUGGGAGCAGCCCUGAAGGAGAUGGCCCCUGAUAUGUCAACACAAAUGAGGAAACUGCAGCGUGAAGUCUCCAGACUUUCGCUACAAAUGAGGAUUCUGCAGAUGGGAGGCAGCGACAAGUCGUUCAAUCUGCACGAAUGGGAGGUGAAUGUCAGGAAUGAGACAGCCAACAGCAACUGGAGUGACCUGAGUGGACACCAGUACUACUUCUCCAGUGACAGGCUCUCCUGGUCGUCAGCAAGGGACACCUGUACCUCCAUGUCCUCCUAUCUGGCGGUGGUCACCACUGAGCAGGAACAGGAUUUCAUCAUUAGCAAAAUGAGAGAAAGGUCCUGGGUUGGACUGAGUGACCUGGAAGAGGAGUCCGUCUGGAAGUGGACAACCGGGGAGCCCGUGGAGCAAAGAUUUUGGGAAUCUGGUGAACCAAACAACGAGUUUGAUGAAGACUGUGGAGAAAUCAAGGAGAAUGGAAAGCUCAACGACAUUCCCUGUAAUCUGAGGAGACACUUUGUCUGUGAAAAAGACGACGUGGGGGCUCAGUAACAGAUGGGGACUGGCGGUCCUGCCAGGUGGGACUCAAUGUGCCCUCCAUCACCAUCGGCUUUGGUGUCUUCAGUCCUGAGAACGUGCAGGACAUCAAUAAAUAAAUUAAAGACGUCAAACCAUAAACUGUGUUCUCAAGCGUU